AGCCAGGCGCCGUGCACGCUGAGGGGGCGUGGUUAGCAGGGAGAGCGCGAGACGGCAGUACGUUAUUCAGCUCCGGAGCUCGAGGUAAGCGCGGGCAAUGCGGCCCCGGUCCGGCGGGGGGAGGGGCACACGGUCAGGGGUGGGGGGUGCAGUUAGGGUGACCGCGCGGUAUAUCGGGGGGCUGGGGGAGGGGUGUGUUUAUAGCGGGGGGGAGCGCUGCACCGCCGCCAUUUUUAGGAGCUCGGUGAGGGGGGCCGGUCAGACGGAGCUCCCGGGCUGAGCCGCUCCUGGUUUCGGGGGGUCCAGGGUUACCGUGCUCGGUCUCCUCAGGCCCCCCAACCCCUCCCCCAUCCAUCGUUUGUUUGCGGAUUCUCCCUGAGCCCCGCCCACUCCCGGCCCCGUUCGAAAGAUGCCGCCGCCGCCCAUUGGCUGAGCGGGAAGCCAGGCCCCGCCCACCCCGCGCCGCUUCUUUGUUUUGUGGUUUUUUUUCGCCUUAUUCUGCGCCGCGCUGAUUGGCUGUCAGGGCAACGGGUGCGCGCUGAUUGGCUGAUAUUGUCCCCGAUCGGCUUCCAUUCUACUGCACUCGGCAUCCUUACCCAUGGUCCCUCACGGUGUGCCGAGCGUACAGUGCCCGGGGGGGGGGACACACUCACUGUGUGCCGGCCGUACAGAAGCCAAAGCAUAAACCGCCAUUCUAGAUGGGGGGGUUUGUCCAACUGAUGUCUAUGGCUGUCUAGAAUGGCGUGUUAUACUUUGGCUUGUGGGUCGUGUUGCCCGGUUUACCCCCCGGUAGUGAAAGUGUUAAUUCCAGCACUCCUGUUGAGUAGACAGUGAUAGUAACAAUAACAGCAAAUAGUGUGGGAGCAGCAUUGUUGUCUAGCCUUUAAAAAGUGGGUGAAUGGAGUAUUUUACCCUCCCUUGUAGAGGAGCUCCAUCACACUAUUCUAUAAGUUGUAUUGACAUAUUUUGGGUCUCUCAUAUGUCUGGUGUCCUAUGCAGAGAGAAGGGGAAGGGUGAUAUAUGUAUCAGAAGCUUUCUUACUUGAUGCAACCAUUUUACAUUUCUAAUCCGUUCCCCCACCCCGUGUUUACCUGUGGAGUCUUAACUGAUAAAUAAGACUUCACAGGUAAAUCCCGGAUGGAUUAAUUCGGGCAUAGAUAAAAAGGCAUGUGAUUCAUUCAGAACUGAAAUGCAUUUUUACACAAGUUUAAUAGUGAGAUGCUUUUUAUUAUAAUCUAAGUGACAUGACAAGGUACUGCUAACUCAGCGUAGUCCCUUCUUUGUUUUGUUCAUAUCUUUUCAUUUAGUUAAAAUGUAAUUGUAAUUCCAGUACUUUAUAGGCUUUUCAUAAAGAUUCUAUGUCCAUGAACAGUAAUCAGAGAGGGACAGUAUCCUUUUGAGAUUACUUUUUUUAUAGUGAACUCUUGGUCCAAAUUACCUUUGUCAAGGUCAUUUAUAUUGAAACAUUCCCACCUUUACAGCUGUCUGGGAAACCUAAAGAUGAACUGUUGCAUACGAAUUUUUUUUUAAUUAUUAUUUAUUUAUUUAUUAUUGGUUUUAAGAGACUAAACAAACUUUGUUUUGUUGUUCUUGACAUAUAAUACAAAUGCAAAGUCUAAUUUUUCCCUGCAUAUAGUCUGUGUAUAUCAUGAAUAAUGAUCAACAUUAUUCCUGGCAUGCAUGCACACAUAUCAUAGAACCACUAAGGCACAAGUAACCCAAAAGUAAAGCAGGGUUGACCUAAUAAAGGAUCAGUCCACAAAAUAAGCUGUUCAUGCACAAACCUGUCUUGGGUUCCCUUAAAAAAUUAGUUUGGUCUGUGCAUUGUGUUGCCAAAUAUGUAGAUAUGAAGACCUGAAUAUGAAGCUACUAGUUUUCUAAACGUGUGUGCAAAAGAUUUUGUCAGAUUUCUAUAUUUGCGCAAUGCAUUAAGUUUUAUUUUCUGGGCAAGUGAAAGGCAGGUCAGGUGUGUAGUGACUUAAAUGGGACACCAAUAAAGUGGUUUUGGUGUAGAGGUCAUGCCCCUACAGACUCACUGCUAAAUUCUCUGCUAUUUAGAAGGUAAAUCACUUUGUUUAUAUAGCUCUAGGCACAUAUCUCCUUGCUGAGACUCGGGAAGCCUCCUUAAACACAUACUGGGUAGGAGUAAAUGUUUCUUCGUUUUAAUUUCUUCUCUCGCUGUAUUGUCUUCUAGAGUCUAAUGCAGCCACCCUGUGUUUUAAUGUUCAAAAAAAUCAGAAGAGAGAGGAGAAUAUAAAGUAAACACAAUGUGCUGUAAAUUUGAUACUUUUUUGUAUCUUUUAUAAUUGACUGGUGAGACUGCAGCGUCAUUAUUUAUAUACGCAAAAACAGCUUCAUUAAGCUAAAGUUUUUUGGUACUUAGAUUAUCCUUUUACAUGUACACGUCAAUUCCCAGUAUUUUAAAUAUUCUGUUUACUUAUCCCCUAUAAUAAACUAAUAAUGUAUUUUAGAAAUGCGAAAAAUCGAAUUUAAAGUAAAAAAAUAAAAAAAUCCUUUAUAACUGGGCACUUCCAUCACUCCCCAUUAAUCUUUGUAAUACGUACUCUCCUUUGCAACUGGCAGACAGCAUAGAGGAAGUAUAUGUACUAUACAUCAGGGCUCAACAAAUUCCAGGCACCAUGGCGACUAGGAAUUCUUUCCUGGCGUUUGGGAUUUGUGAGCCGGUCAGUUGAGGCAGCGAGAAGCAUGCAAGCGCUGACAGAGAGCCGAGGGGGGCAGCCGGCUGUGCGGAAUGGAGGCUGGGAGGGAGCUGUAAUCUCCCUGUUCUGCUCUCUCGCGUGCCCUGCAGUGAUGCCGUUAGCUUGAAUUUGAUGACGCUCCGCUCUGGCAUCACCAAACUCAGCAACCCCUCUGGACACCAGGGUAGUCCUAUACACUCUAACUCCAAAGGUAGGGAAGCUGGGUGGAUUUAAAUUGAAAUAAUUGAAUAUAUGUGUGUGUUUUGAGUGCUGUCUGUUUAGGUGACUGCUCCCACCCCUCUCAUUUUACUCACCCUUUUUCCCAUGGCUGAUAUCAAUCUUAAUGAUCUCAGCCAAGCCAAUGCUGUCCCAUAGGAUAUGCUCGUGUGCUAAUCAGUAUCUCUAUGGGGGAUAUUCAGUGCCUCCAUGCAGUGCGUGGAGACGCUAGACAUGAUGGCUACACACUGUGCAGCACUGGACUAAAAAUCGUCUCUUGUGACCGUUUGGCUGUUACUAGAGGGGUUACUUGGCAGCAAUGUGAACACUGCCUUUUCUCUGAAACUGCAGUGUUAGCAUUAUAAGUAUGCAAGGACAGGCUAUAGGCUCUCCCCUCUGAAGAGCUUUGAGUGGCGAAACGCGCGUCAGGGGCUUGUACCCGGCGUUAUCCUUCCUUUUUGAACUGCACCACCAGUGUCUUCAUACUUUGCUACCCUGCUACUUAGACAGGAUAUAUCUAUACCCAUCGGUAACUCUGAAUCCUGGGGGUUCCGGUUAGGAGCAUUUACGGCAUCGAUAUUUAUCUUUUGAGCGCAUUCUCUAAUUUGGGGGUGGGCUUACUACUGAAAGUAUUAGGAGCUAUUAGGCUUUUUGGGUUAAGGGGUGCCCUCGAAGGCACAAGCGGCUAGGGCUCAUAUAUAUCUCACAUAUCUACUGAGUGCUUAGUUUUUGUUUGUUUUUUCUCCCUUGCCACAUAUUUUUUCAUUAGCUACCUCUCUCCCUAAUUUGUGUCAGCUAUUUAGCUUUACAAUUGGACAGGUUCUCACUUAUAGGAUCCUGGAAGUUUUAUUGUAUUGGCAAUCAUACCAUAUAACUUACUAUCUAUCCAGUCAGUAUUCCACCUUUAUACUUUAUUAUAUCCUGUGAGGGUAUUAUAGACUCACAGUGGAUACUGUCUUGACAAUAUAUCCACACAACUGAUUAUUAAGCAGUGAAUGGUUACUUAUGACACUACUUAAGUAGCGUGUGUUUACUUAUUUUGUAACAUUUUUUCACCUUUGUGUUACACUCUGCUAUUAAUAGCUGCCAGUCCCCAAGAGGGACUCUUUUCCUGACCGCUCCUGGAGUUGCCGCUGUUCGGCUAUAUACAGACAUAGCUAUCUUGGAGGGCAAUUGUAUCCACCAUUAUUUGUGUUUUUAGUUAGUUAUUAUUAAAAGCUACGUUUUACAUUUGGGAUUGUGUUAUUUAGACACUAACGGUUCCCGCCAUUAUUUCCCUUUUCUCUAAGGGAAACCCACUCUACUAGGACUAUUGGUACUAGUCUGUCCUAUUUUUCUCCUUUUUUCUUCCUUUUUGUGCAUUUUUGGUGAAGCUAUUCACUAGGGGUUAUUCCCCACAUAGGAGAUAUUUAUUUAAAUCACCCCCUUUUUAUGGCUAUAGACACCAGAACCGCUACAUUAAGCUGUAGUAGUUCUGGUGACCAUAGUGUCAAUGAAAAUGAAGCUUUGUUAGUUAAAAAUAACUGGCUCCUAACUUUUUUAGCUGUCUUCUAGAUUCCAAGCAAAUUUGUCAAGCCCUGCUACAUUUUUCUACCUUUGAAUGUUUUUGGCACAGGUUUUUUUUAACUUUUAUAUUUUUAAAUCUGUUUAUUUAUUUUGACUGUUGCUUGUACACGGUCUGUUUUAAAUGUACCCUAUUCAGCGAUACAGCUCAUUUGAAGGUUCCCAUGGGCGCUAGCGGUCCUAUUUCUCAUUCUACUUUAGCAAUUUUCAUUUUGUGCAACUUUUUGCAGCAUGAAUUGUCUCACACUCGCAACCAAUAAAUGAUGUUAAUAGUUGCACUAAAUGGAUAUGGGUCAAUUGAAAUUGGGCUUUCUCUUUUAUAACUUGCAGCUUUCAAACUCCUGUUGCGUCAUCUUCCACUAAAUGUAUCCUAUGUACCUUCUCUGUCUUAAAGGACCACUAUAGGCACCCAGACCACUUCAGCUCAAUGAAGUGGUCUGGGUGCCAGGUCCAUCUAGGGUUAACCCUGCAGCUGUAAACAUAGCAGUUUCAGAGAAACUGCAAUGUUUACAUUAGGGUUAAUCCAGCCUCUAGUGGCUGUCUCAUUGACAGCCGCUUCUCACUGUGAAAAUCAGUGAGAAGACGCUGACGUCCAUAGGAAAGCAUUGAGAAAUUUAGCAUUCAGCGCUGACGUCGGAAGAGGGAGGGGAUUUCCCCAGUGCCGAGGGAGCCCGGCGCUGGAGAAAAGUAAGUGAUUAACCCCUUCCUCUCCCUUCAGCCUGGCGGGAGUGGGACCCUGAUGGUUGGUGAAACUAAAAACCCUAUAGUGCCAGGAAAACAAGUUUGUUUUCCUGGCACUAUAGUAGUCCUUUAACUGGGUUGUUCCUGAAACAGGCUUUGACCUCUAGUCAUCGCUAGUCACUUGGGACAUAUUUUAGCUAUUCUUUUAAUCCCGAAACAGGUUGAAGAGUUUUCACCAUGCCGAUCCGUCGCGCAGUCAAUUCAUCCACCCAAGAAAGUGCGCCUAAAAACCGUGCCACUGACAGUGAAAAGAAAGCAGGUAAUAUACAGUGUCACUCAUUCUCUCAUUAGGAUGUUUUGUGGUGUCUCCUAUUAAAGUGAUACAGGGAGUUGUUUUCUGUGUAGUAUCUCUAUUGUUAAUUUCCUUUUUUUUUUUUUUUUUUUUUAAUUCUUUAUUUUUGCACACGAUAGGCAAUGCAAGAAUAAUACAACUUGGAGGCUUGCGCAGAAACCAAAAUAUAAAAGAGCAUACUUAUAAACAUAAAAAUUGACAUCGGCCCAUAUGACAAGCCACUUUAUAAAUUCCAUACAACUUGCCCCCUAUCGAGGAUUUUUUUUUUUUUUUUUUUUUAAUAUAUAGCUACACUAUUUAAAUUCCUUAUUUUUGCACACGAUAGGCAUAGCAAGAGCAAUACAACUGUGAGGCUUGCUCAGAAGCAAAAAUGCUAGAAAUCAGACUUGAAAGCACGAAAUACGACAUUAGCCCAAAAGACAAGCCUCUUUAUGAAUUCUAUUCCACUCGCCUCCCAUCGAUGAUGUAUCUUUUAGUCAGGCCACGCAUUCUAAGAAGGAGCCCUAACUCUAUCCAUGUCAGGGUGUACUUUAGGCAUCCUCAAUUCUCUGUCAGUAUACUCAUGCCUGAGUGAGGAAAGUAAAUAAUGACAACAUAGACUGAGACAAUGUUAGAAAUAAAGAGGUAAAAAAGAAAAGAUACCUUUGUAAACCAAGGGUUUAGUAACAAGAUGGAGAAACGUGAAAAAGAGAAAUAGGGAAAGAAAAGAUAAGGCGAGGAAGAGAAUUUGUCCCCUUUUAAAGAACAUUUUUUUUUGUAUCAUAUGGAACAUCAGGCAUUCUCCUGUGUUUUUUCACAGAGGCUGAUGCCAGCUCUGAGGAAUCUGCUUCCACUGGGGAAGAGCAGGAGACUGAAACGCCCCCGGCUACUUCCAGCGAGGCCGAGCAGCCCAAGGAGUCUGAGGCUGAUGAAGAGAAAAAAGCUGAAGGGGAAGUAGCAGAAGAGACCAAGAAAGAGUAUGUGCUUUGCAUUGUAUCAAACACUGACAUUGUAGAUGUGUGUGGCUUGUUGGAUGCUUUAUGCUAUAGCUGCUCUGUAGGUAUCGUAAAUCAGCUCUAGUGUGUGGAUAUUGCCUUCAUUUGAUUUGUCUGUUUUUAUCAUACUGACCGUUAGUGAUCCAGGUUUAGGUUAGUGUUGAUUUAUAAUCUAUAGACACAACCAACACUGACAGAUUCUCUUUGGUAAUAAGUGGCUAAUGAUAGACCAUGGCAUUAACGGUUUGUUGCUCCUAAUUGUUGUAGUGGAUUCUAGGACCAAAAAUAAGAGGUGGUGAAAAUGUAUCUAAUCUUUCAGUUAACAUAGUUAAUCCUUCUAACACUAUUACUAGGGAUAGGAGUAAGGUUAUAAUUAGGGUAUGGUUUAGGAUUAGCAUUUGUGGUGAAUGCACCCAACUGCUCUUUGAAUAAAACUACAACCACCUGUAGUGGUUACAGCGCUUUUAGAAACUGUUAAUGUUUGUAAGCUAUGUAGUCAUAGAAACAAGGUUGACAGGCAGACCUGAUCCCUCUCAUUCUUUAGAAUGCCACGUGUGCUUAAGUUUUCUAAUAGCUCUCUCCUUUCUGUUUCAGUGGCGAAAAGGAACCGUCAAAAGAAAAAGAAAAGAAAGUGAAAAAGACCAUCCCAUCAUGGGCCACUCUCUCUGCUAGCCAGCUGGCUAGAGCUCAGAAGCAGACUCAUAUGGCAUCCUCGUCUCGUCCAAAAAUGGAUGCCAUCCUUACAGAGGCCAUUAAGGUUAGCAAUGGAUAGGCCCUCCGUAAUUCCAUCUUGUGUGUUUGUUUUUUUUGGAUUUUUUUUUGGUAUUCUUUAAAUACUCUAUAAUGGUGAAGGUAUUGGUAGAUUAAAAGUGGAGACAAAAUAUUCAGUUUGUUUAAUUUCACUUACAAUGAGAGGAGCUCUGUGAUACACUAGGAUGCACAAAAUAUUCUCAGCAUCUAGAGAAAAAAGUUAUCAAUAUUUUUUUUAAAUGGGGUGGUCCAUGGGUGCCAAGAACUAAUUGUAAGACCUUUCUUUUUGCUAUUAAAGGAACACUAUAGUGACCCAGACCACUUAAUCUCAGCGAUGUAGUGUGAUUGCAGUGGACUUGUCUUUUUAACCCUGCAGUGUAAAACAUUAUUACAAACUGCAGUGUUCACUUUGCUGGGUUUAAUUCACCUCUAAUGGCUGUCAUCCUGAUAGCCAGUAGAGACGCUUCCUCGUCCAGACCAUGUAAACUGGAGGAGCACAAUGUUUUGCAGCGCAUGCAUACACCUCCCAUUCAUUGCUUCUCUAUAAAAAGUGUUGGGCUGGUGGAGAUUGCAAAGACACCAGUAAGAAUGCUGAUGUCUUUGAAGACGGAGCACAAGCCCUGGAAAAAGGCUGAGUAGUCUUUAUUUUACUUAUUUUUUUUUUUAUUUUUUUUUAAGAGUGAAUAGAAGGGAAGCUAUAGCCCCAAAAUGUUUCAGGAUUAUAGGUUAUUUUUAAACCAAGGAGACAGUGCCAGGCCACUGACAGCAUUAAUGCUAAAGUGUCCUGUAGUGGUUAUGCUUCCUUUAAGUUGUUGCACUGACAAUAUAUCCAAAUGGCCAUUUUUAUCCAGUACUGUAAGGAGGCUGCGAUGGACAUGUCUAUUUUUCUCCCCUAUUGGUUCUCAAUGAGAUUAACUGCUGUUGCAUUGCACAUGAAGCCACUGAGUGGGUGAGAAGGGACAACCAAAAGCGUUUAAUGCGGAUAUAGAACUAUAGCCCCUGUUUGAAUGGUUCCCCACAAACACAUACUAGUGACUAGCAUAGCUGGUGACUCACGUUGGAUGAUGUUACCCUUCAGUGUCCUAAUUCACUAUAGUGUGAACCAGCAGGAGCUCACACUGGAAAUGCAGCCUUUACUCGUUGAUCAUAGUAAGCAAACGGAAGAUGAACUAAAAAACAAAUAUGUACUAUGGGAGAGCAAGUAAUUGUUUUUAUUUUAUUUUUUUGUUCUGGCUAGUUGGUUAGGUCUUGAAAUUUUACUGAAUCUGUGCCGUAACUACCUUGUUCUUCCCCUGACAGGCCUGUUUCCAGAAAUCUGGGGCGUCUGUGGUUGCAAUCCGAAAAUACAUUAUUGGAAAAUAUCCUUCCCUAGAGUUGGAAAGGAGAGGGUACUUGCUCAAGCAAGCUUUAAAACGAGAGCUGCAGAGAGGAAUUAUCCGCCAGGUGAGUUUAUCAUUUUUAGUCCAGGAGAAGCAACAUCUCCUUAACGGAUUCGUUUUCUAUGUUUAAUUUGUCGGCAUGUCUAUUAGUCGGUAAUUUACACAAGACACAUAACGUCCAACUACAACACUUUGAUCGGGAUUGUGUUUGGGAUGUUCUAGUUAGUCUGGAAAAAAUUUAUUUUUUAUUAAGUGUUCUUGCCUAGCAAGACCACUUAUUGUUAUCUCACAUAUAUAUUCUUAUUCUUAUUGUAGCCAAAUUUGCCACCCUAACUCCUCCCACAGUUUUUACACUACAUAGACCAAAAUUUACCAAAACGUGCAGAUUGUUCCCGAUCGGAUUGCUAUUACUUUGUGGAACGUUUCGCCGAAUGGUUCACGGAGUAUCGUUGUUCUUGUGGCGAAAUUUGUCCCAUAGGAAUAAAUGGCAAAGCUAGAGUGGGAGCUGGCAAAAGCUGAAAAAUCAGGACAUGAUUUCUAAACUGCCACCACUCCCUCAUUUUCAGGCCCACCUACACAAAUCUUAUAUCAAAACGUUCAGCUAUCCCUGCUGCCACUAAACAUGUCAACGGCUAAACCAUAGUCCUGAUAGAUUUCACAAUAUAAUCAUUUGUUUGCAACUAACGCCGUCCAUUGACUUUCAUUGAAACUUCACUCUGCAAAGCUCAAAUUUGAAGUGCAAUUUCUAAACUGCGACUGUGCCUUCAUUUUUAAUACUUCAGAGACAUACUAUGCAUCAAAAUGUAGGUCUGGGUCUUGUGAUUCUCACAAUAUAAAGCUCUUCGCUGUAGGAGUUAUAGUUUUUAAAAUACGACCGUUUGAAGAUGGCAACCGCCAAAAUACUCUGACCUGUGUCAGGCUGCAGCAGCAAGUGAUGUCAUAGACAGGGCCUUUUGAACACCUGCUAAUGUUUUUAUAAAUGUAUGGUUUAAUGUAACUGUGCAACAACGUUGCAAUUAAAUGUGCUAUAUAAAUGAUAAGUUACUCCACCCACUCCAGUUGUAGACUACUGGUGGAGGCAAGAACACUUCACACAAUUUCCCCAGAAAUUUUAGCUUUUCUAGUUGUUGUUGUUGUUGUUGUUAUUAUUAUUAUCUAGCAAGAAACCAUUCAACAUGUGCAAAAAAAAAAAUAAGAUGUGAACAGAAGCUAGCCAACCACCGGCCUUGGGAUAGAUAUCUCUUGGUAAAUCAUGGUUAGCCUUUUGUUUUACACUGCACAUUCAUUGCGGCAUUGCUUCUGAAGAGUUUCGAUGCAAGUUUUCCUUUUACUUUCCUUACGGCACAGGGAAGGUGAGCAUAGAUAGUGAAGUGUCGCCAUUGUUCACUUGCUGGCAUCAUGCAUUUCUUGGUUCUGCCUGUUAACUUGUUUGUGGGCUUGUAAUUCUUAAUCCCUUGACUACAGGUGGGUAUUUCACACAGCGUAUUGCUUCAGAGCUGAGGAAGAGAGGGAAACUCUCAAAAGCUUGUCUUUUAUAUAUUGUUAGUCCAAUAAAAAGUUAUCCUUGCAUACUGCAAUACUCUGCUAUUAUGGCAUCUUGUCUGGACUAAUAUGGGUAAUCCAAUCUGCACAUAAAUAUUUAUAUAUAUUUUUAUGUUGUACUGCAAAUUUUACAAGAUUCAUGACUUAAUUAUUGUUUCCAUUAGGUGAAGGGAAAAGGAGCAUCGGGCAGCUUUGUGGUUGUGUCAAAUUCUGGCAAAUCGGCACCAAAAUCCAAAGACAAAAAGGUAAACCAAUAUGAGUUUCUGUACUUCUGUGAAUAUGCAAGGCUGGGCUUUGUAUUCUGUACAGCCCUAGUGCACAUUUUGUGUUUCCACGGGGUUGAUCACUAAACUAAAUAUUAGAGUUUAAGUAAAAGAAGCCACUUCCAACCAUGACAGAACAUAAAAUCAAAGCUUUUGGUUUAUGCUUUAAGUAGCUGAUUGCUCACACUAUGUAAUUGCAAAAGAUGGUUUAUAGAUGCACGCAUAUAUCUCACUUUGUGCAGCAAGUUAAAAACUAAAUAUUCGGGUAUUUCUUUAUUUUUGUGUUCUACAAUGCAUACUCUGUUUUAUCUGUCUUUAUAGGUCUGUCCCUUAUCUUUCUGCUUCUAAAAUAAAUAUUUUCAGACACCUGCAAUGAAAGCUUUAUUAUAGAGAUCAGAUUUGCUCAUUGCUCACGGUGCUGGACACUGAAUGCAUUCAUAUUUUUUGUAGAAGAACAGCUCAUCAAGUGCAGGUGAUCAACCCGUGAAGCUGGAAGACAUCUUGCCUCUGGCCUUCACCAGACUUUGUGAACCUAAGGAGGCAUCCUACAGCCUCAUCAAGAAAUAUGUAUCCCAGUAUUACCCCAAGCUCAAGGUGGAUAUCAGGUAUGGGCCACAAAUCAUGACAUGUUGCUGGGCCUGCUGUUUGUAAACUAAUUGUCCAAGACUGCACUGUGAAUAAACCUGGUAGAAAUAAUCAGGGAGUAUUUCAGUAUUUAAUCUUUGUCCUUUCUAUGCCUGUUUUUAUAUUGUAUCUUCUACUGUAUGUAAAACAAGAGUAAAACAAAACAGUCUAUAUUGUCUACAUAUAUGUAUUUAUAUAUUCUAUAUGCCAAACAAAAAGGCUAUGUUUCACCAGGGAUCCAGAAUAUCAGUUACUUGCAUUCAUUGGCACAGUCUGUUUGAGCUGUGAUUCUCAUUAAAGUUGGGACUAGCUGAUGCAUUUAUUCUGUUUGUUUUGCGCAGAUAGUGAGUACCAGAUCACUUGGUUGCCUUUAAAGGGGACCAACACCUGUUUUGGAAUUGUACAGGUGAAUAAGAUUUAGUUGGAACCCACCUGUAACUUAUGUUAAUUGUUUUCUUUCUUUUCGAGUGAAUGAAAUGAAUGUUAAAUAACUUGUUAACAUCACAAUCCCAUUCAGUACUUCCAUGGCUGGAGCACAAAACAAUUGCAAAAACGUGGGAAUUGUUUUUCUCCUUUUCCUCUCUGAUCUGUGUUUUUUGUUUUUUGUUUUUUUGUUUUAAAUCCUAAAUGACAGAUGCCAUCUUGACUCCAUGAUUAUUAUUAUUAUUUAUUAUUAUUAUUAUUAUUUAUAUAGCGCCAACAAAUUCCGUAGCGCUGUACAAUGGGUGGACUAACAGACACAUAAUUGAGAUCAGACCACUGACGUACAGGAACAGAGGGGGUUGAGGGCCCUGCUCGAUGAGCUUACAUGCUAGAGGGAGUGGGGUAUAGUGACACAUUAUAUUGAUUGACAGGGAGCCAAGAUGGAGGCACAUCAGUGUGGAUUUCUGCAUAUUAUUAUUUAGAACCUACCCGUAUUUAAGUGAUAAGUAACAUAAUAUUAAAAAGACAGAUUUCCUUUUACGCAAGAAAUGAUUGCUAUUAGACAUUCUGCCAUUCAGCACGUCUGUAUAUUCUCUUAGAGUAGCACACAUUUAUUUUCCAUAAGUCCAAGUGUGAUAUUUCUUAAACCAAAUAAUUCAUAUAUCUUUGAUUUAUCCAGAAGUUUCUUUUGUUUUUUCUUUGCCCAGACCCCAGAUGCUGAAGAAUGCCCUGCAGAGAGCAGUUGAAAAGGGUCAGCUGGAGCAGAUCACAGGAAAGGGAGCUUCUGGUACAUUCCAGGUGAGUAAUAAAAAGAGAAAUAGCAGCUUCGUAAUAGGUGGCAGACUAUUAAUAUUUAUUAGAAGCAAGGGAUAUAUAAUUAGCAUAUAAGCACAUUUCACUCAUUUGUUCAUCCUUUACAAAAAAAUAUUUGGGAAAUUGGCAACUUUAGACAGUAUGCAAUGCCCUUUAUCUUGCAAUAUUUCACACAGGGUCUGAAAUGUUAGUAUAAAAGCAAAAAUUCAGUUUUUCUCACUUACAGGAGAUGUAACAAAAUUAUAUAAAUCCAAUGCUCAAUACAUUGCUUAUAGGUAUUUUUAAGAACCCUGAAGCAUUCCUAGCUGUUCGGUUUACUAACAAUUGCAACAGAAUGUAAAAAAAGUCUGCAUUUGCGCCUAAUGCAUGUUAAAUCAUAUAUUUCUAAAAUAAGAUACUUUAAACUGCUCUAGCAAUCUGUAUCAGUCACUGGACUGCUAAUGUAUAGCUGACAGUGAAAUGGUACAGUCCAUUCACUCCUCCAUGACUCUAUGAAUAUCAUCCAGUGACACAUCCUUUACUGUUUUGAAAGCAGGGGGUGUGCUUACUUUUUCAGCAAAUUUAAUUAUUGUAUCCGUGACUAGUGGCUUCUGGCAGAGCCAGUCUGGUAAUCAUAGCUAGAGUAUGAAUGAGGUUGAGUGAGGCUUUAUGGUCUCGAUUUCACACAGCAAAAUACAUGAAAAUAAAAAUGUUUGCCUGUGCUACUCUCCUGCCGAAUUUCCUAAUUAAGUAAUAAAGAUACAUUCUUGACAUUUUAAAGCUGGUUUAAGUUGGAAACUUUCUUUAUUGUUUUGUAAAAGAUUGCAAAAGCCUUGACACUAGAUCAUGUUAUUGGUUUAUAGAUAGCUUGAGAUUCAGAUCAUAGUAAAUGGCGGUUUGUUAUUUUCGUGGACAACCUGUUUCAGUACCAUCUUCAUUAAAAGCAUUCACUAAAGUGAUAUUAAAAAAAAAAAAAUCAAGAAGCAUACCAUUUAUUUAUUUUAUUUAUUUACCUUAUGUGAGAUUAAAGAACCUUGGAUCUUUUUUUUUUUUUUUUUCUUUGCAGUGUUCCCUCUAAGUAGGAAUUUUCUAAUUUAUAUUAUAUGAAAAAUGUCCUUAACUUUCUGAUCAUAACCCCUUAGGGACCAAACUUCUGGAAUAAAAGGGAAUCAUGACAUGUCACAUGUCAUGUGUCCUUAAGGGGUUAAAAGUGUUGAUUAUCUGAGUAGCUGACAUUUAUAUGCUAUAAUUGGUGUAUGUACAGUAGCCAAAAGAAUGAAAAUCAUUAUGGAUUACAUGUAAAAGUGAGUGUCAAUCAAUAUGAACUAUUUUAUGUUAAUAGUUCCUAUAUUAUAUGUUUAAUACAUUCAUUCCUCCCCCCCUCAUUACACAGGUGAAGCGGGCAGGAGAUAAACCUCUUCUGAGUGGAGGUGCAUUUGAGGAUGCCAUCCUCUCUGCAAUCACAGCCAUGAAUGAACCCAAAACUUGCUCGACGACAGCCAUCAAGAAAUACGUGCUGGAAAAUCAUCCUGGUGUAAACGCCAGCUUCCAGGGUGAGUGACUUGUAUCGGGCAGGUUUGUAAUGUGUUAAAGUCCGAAAUAAUAUAUUAUAUUGCUAUGGUUGAAGAAUGUUAAACCCACUGAGAUAGCAUAGUGGAUAGAAGGUUACUCCAAGUACCAGGACCACUUCAGUGAUUUAAAGUGGCCGUCGUGCUUUUAGUCUGCACAGCGUUUCAGUAUGAAAUAGCCAGAUGCUACGCCUUCGGCAAAGGAAACCCAAGUAAGAGGUCAAACUCUUGCAAAUUGGUUUGCCCUGUUACUGGGGAACUGUGCCCGAGGGUACUCCUAACAUCAUAACUACUAUUGAUGUCUUUAGUAGUUAUGUGGCUAUGAGUACCCCUUUAAUGUUCUAGUUGUUCUCUAGUACCUGUUUAGGCUACAGAUCCAGUUUCCUUGAGUCACAUCAGCAAUAUUUAACUCUUUGUUCAGCCGUUCUGCAUACAGAUUACUUGUUUUCAGCUUUUUAUUUUUUAUUUUUUUUUGCAACGUUUGGUAAUAUUUUUGUCGUCUUUAGUUCAUCUGCUAAAAAGAACACUGCAGAAGUGUGAGAAGAAUGGCUGGAUGGAGCAGAUCUCUGGCAAGGGUUUCAGUGGAACAUACCAACUCUGUUUCCCCUAUUACCCCAGGUAAGAUGUUUACUGCCACUUGUUCUGCAGGUUGAACUCUGUUUUAAGGAGCAACAACUGACUAUAGCAUUUUCUGCAGCCCCUACGUGCUGUUCCCUGAGAAAGCAGAGGAGCAGGAUGAAGAUGAAGAAUCUGGAGAUGAAUCUGAAGAGGAGGAGGAAGAAGAAUCCGAAGAAGAGUCUGAAGAAGAAGAACCUCCUCCAAAAAGAAGGUAAGAUGCACAUUACCUGCAUCAUCUGUUAUCUGACAGUUUACUAACUCCCCCAACCUUCAGCAUUGAUAAUCAGAUUUUUUUUAAUACUCCAACUAGCAGCAUUGAUAAUCAGACUUUGUAUUGACCCCACUCCCCAGCCUGCAGUAUUGGUAAUUAGACCAUUUAUUGACACCCCUCCCUCAACCUGCAGCAUAGAUUAUCAGACCUUUUACUGACUCCCCCAACCUGCCGCAUUGCUAAUCAGACCAUUUAUGGACUCCCCCAACCUGCAGCAUUGCUAAUCAGACAAUUUACAGACUCCCCCCAACCAGCAGCAUUGCUAAUCAGACAAUUUACUGACUCCCCCAACCUGCAGCAUUGCUAAUCAGACCAUUUAUUGACUCCCCCAACCAGCAGCAUUGCUAAUCAGACCAUUUACGGACUCCCCCAACCUGCAGCAUUGCUAAUCGGACCAUUUAUUCACUUCCCCAAACUGCAGCAUUGCUAAUCAGACCAUUUAUUGACUCCCCCAACCAGCAGCAUUGCUAAUCAGACCAUUUAUUGACUCCCCCAACCUGCAGCAUUGCUAAUCAGACCAUUUAUUGACUCCCCCAACCAGCAGCAUUGCUAAUCAGACCAUUUACGGACUCCCCCCAACCUGCAGCAUUGCUAAUCGGACCAUUUAUUCACUUCCCCAAACUGCAGCAUUGCUAAUCAGACCAUUUACUGAAUCCCCCAACCAGCAGCAUUGCUAAUCAGACCAUUUACCGACUCCCCGAUCUGCAGUAAAGGUCAUGAGAUUUUUUACUGACUUCCUAACCUGUGGCAGAGGUUGUCAACCUCUUUUUCAACUCCCUGGCCUGAGACUUCAGUAAUCAUGUUUUACCGAUUUCCCCAACCUAGAGCAUAGUAAUCAAGUUUUUACCCAGCUCCCUGACUGGAAACGUGUUAUCAGACCUAUUUUAACCUCCACUACCUGACCUGACUGUACUUCGUCCUCCUACUCCACCUUUCUAUAAAGAGGUAGUGAUAGAUAUAUUGUCACUUCUUUCAUUUAACUACAAAGUGGAAGAAAUAAUCAUAGUAAGAAGAGAACAUGAGACCAUUACAACCAGUGUGAUGGACCUUUCAGUUAAUGUAACCAUGAGCAAAUUAUCUUGUAUUUUAAUUCAGAAAGAGGAGGUUGGUUUUCUUUCAGAUCAAGCACCUUCAGUUAUUUUGUAUAACAAUGUAUUUUCAGCCCUUUCACAUGAAGGGAUAGCAAGAAAAACCAUGAUAUCUAGAACAUUAUAAUCAUGCAUUUUACAAACUCUCGGUAAUGAGACCUUUAAUUUUCUCGUAAUUCUUUCCUUCUUACUGUAAUAAGCUGCUGUAUAGUGAUAUUGGUUUCUUGUCGCUUAUUGUCUAAACAGCGUACUGCUUGGAUUGCUUGGCAUAUAGUGUUGCCAUUUGGGGGAGGGGGGGGGAAUGGUUUACUGUCAUUUAUGUUCUCCAGUCAAAAAACAAACAAAAACGAUUGGUCUGCUUUUAUUUGUGCAACACGUUGCCCAUACUGCUCAAUGUCAUUUAUUAAAUCAUGAAUGUUUUACUACAGGAUGCAGAAGAAAGCAGCUCCUCGAAAAUCCAGGUCCAGAGCCCCUCCACCCAAGCCCAAGAAGAGCGCACCUGCUCCUAAGGGCAAGGCAAAGAGUGCUCCAAAAAAGGCUCCCGCACCUCCACCUUCCAAAGCUAAAAAGGGCAAGUCAGCUCCCCCACCCCCUCCCCCUCCUGCCUCCAAGAAAACAGCCAGCCGGUCCUCCAAGAAACCAGUAACGGGAAAGAAGGAAGCAAAGCCUGCAGCAAAGGCCAAGGCGAGCCCCAGGAAAUCCCUGCGAACAAGGAAGUGAAACCAGGAAGGUGUAAAUAAAGCACCUUCAGGAUGAUGCGCAAAAGGAAGCGGUUCUAGUAAAUUUACAGAGAAGAGAAACCUUUUCUAAGUUUAAUGUGCAUUUUCAUUUUCUCCUUCUAAACUCCUGACACCUUUCUGUACACUUCCUGAUGCAAUAUUAAGAACCUUUCUUUUCCUUUUCUUUUAUAGUUUUAGAUAUAGCUGAUGUGUACCUGCCAGUUUCCUCUCUAGCCUCAGACAGAAACCAGCAAGUGCUCUGCUCUCACUUUCUUUAAUCAUGUGUCCUUGCUCCUUUUCCAUCACGUGAUGUCAAGUGUUUAAACAACCUUUUAUUUAAAAAUGAAAAAGAUUCAGAUUUUUUUCUUUCUAUUUUUAGCUAAAAUGUGUUUUCUGUUUUUGUUUUGAUUACUUGAUCAUCAGGGAACGUUAAAAGGAAUCCGUUAGAAGCCUGCUCUUCCACCUUCCAAAUAAAACGCUUUUUGUAGCAGCUUGGUUUACUGUCCCUGCUAUAUUUUUGUUCAUCCUGUCCACUUUACAACUGGUUGUUUUCAAAAAGGUGCUUACACAGUUCCCCUUCCGUCAGGUUGUCACAUGACGCUAAUGUGAAAGUGCGAUUUGCAUUAAAUCUUUCCUGGCUUUACUCAAGGAAAGCAGGGCUGCCAGCCUGUCUUCCUGUUUGAAUUCUUACCUACUGAGAUUAUCAUUAUCCCAGUAUUUGCAGCGUUGUGUGCUCAGCCAUUGAUUUGUAUAGUUUGUUUAGGUUCUGGUUACCAUUUUUGUCCCCUUUCAUUUAAUCUUUAUUAAUGCAUUUAACAUGGGUUAUUGUUUUGUUUUUUGGGAGGGGGGGGGAGGGAAAAGAUCACCUGCUGUUCUCUUCCCCACUACCAACCCCCAAACACACAAUGCUAGUUUUAUCCAUAAGUACUCCAGGGCAGUGGUUACUCCUGAAGCAUGUACAAAGAAAGAAAGUAGGAAUUUGUCUCUUUUUUUAACCAAUUGUGUCUUUAUUUUAAUGUUUGCCAAUUUGUAAAGACUUGAGUGAGGAUAGACAUGUAAACCCAUGGGUAUUCUGCUGUUUGCUAUAAUAAAAGAACUAGAUUCUGCUAGAACACGUGUGUUGUUUAUUGCUGCAUGGGAAAGUCAUAUAUGAAAUUGGGGGAACCUAUCCUGGAGCCAAUGAAAUCAUGCCAAGCC